AUGGUACAGAAUUUAAAAAAACGUUUACAUACUAAAUUGAUUGAGUUGAAUAUAUUUACAUUACGUGAUAUGGGAAGUGAUGUUGAUCGAAUAACAGCAAAACGUUUUGGUCAAUGGGCGACUCGUCUUUACGUUAUCUUAUUUAUCAGUGCUCUCGCUAUUCUUAUAUUUUAUACAAUUAUUGAACCGCAUACACUGACAAAAAAUUUUGAUGAACCAUCUUUUAUUUUAUACAAUCAUUUGAGAAAAACCUAUGGUGAUGAAUUAAAAUGCAGAUGCUCAAAAAUAGCAUUUACAUACAAUCAAUUCGUCGAAAUCGAACCAAUCUUUCAUUCGGGUCUUAAUCCUAAUUUAACUGUAUAUGAACAAAAAGAUUAUCGUCAAUUUUUGUCGGCUCAUUUACAAUAUCUUCAAGGAUUAUGUCGACUUUCAAUACAAUCAGUAAAUAAUUCUAUCGAUGAAUUUUUGACAUCAUUAUUAGUCACUGUCGAACUUUUAUCAGAAAUCAACUUUGAGAAUCGUCUGAAUAUCUUAACGGAACAGAUUAAAAUCAAUGCUCCUAUUCUAUUUUCUCGUCUUCUUUCUUCAACUCAAAGUAUUUUGCAUGGCAAUGCUAUUAUAUCAACUUAUGGAACAAAUUUCAACUAUAGGAUUUUAGCGGUUGGCUCUAGGUAUGUUUAUGCAUAUACAGAAGCUACCAUCUAUGACGAUGAAUGUUCAUGUGGAUUGUCUUCAAAUUGUACAAUGCAAGGAACUUUGAUUGAAAGAAAUUCUUCAAGAAAGAUUCCUCUCAAAGGUAUGCGAAUGGGAUGUACACCAAGUCAAUCAUUUCUUGUUUCAACUCUUGAAUGUUUCUAUGAUCAAUCAUGUCUUGAUCUUAUUCAGCAUUAUACAAACUAUGAAAAUUCUUUAACUCCUCUUUCAACAACAAAUCUUAGUCAUUUUUCACAGAAUACAACAAUAGGUGAACUUAUAAAUAAUUUAUUCAUUGAACAAUGGUCAACACAAAUAAAUUAUGCAUCAUAUUAUCAACAGUGUUCGCCUUCAAUUUGUUCUUAUACAAGUAUUGAAAAGUUUAAUACAUUUCAUACAAUCACCGUGGUACUUGGUAUUCAAGGUGGUUUAACCAUUGUUCUGAAAUGGAUUUGUCCAAAACUAGUUCGCAUUGGAUCAAAAAUAUAUCAUCAUCGAAAAAAACAACCAAAUACUGUUAAUCCUAUUAAUACAAAUCAAGUUUCAUCUAAUGCAACGUAUAAUACAGCUAUUCAAAAUACUACUUGGAAUAAUAAGAUUACAUCAAUGAAUAUAAGAUUACAGAAUAAUGUUAUACCACGUGGUCAAUCGAUUUUUAAGAUGAUAUUUGUUAUUAUACUACUAAUAUGCAUAUUAGUAGGUGCCACUGUUUUAUCAGUAUAUUAUGCUCGACAAAAACCAUCAUUGUGUCAUCCUGCAUUUAAACAACUAUCAAUUACUACAUCAUGUCAAUUGAAGACUCCAGGUGCAAGUGUUAUUGCUGAUGUAAACUCUGAUAAUCGAGUUGAUCUAAUUUUUCCUUGUCAGUAUGAUCGAACAGUGAAUAUAUUAUUUGGGACUGGUAAUGAUACUUUUCAAACAACGAUGGUAAUUUCUUUCGAAGCUUAUUCUUGGAUAUAUCAUAUUCGUGUUCGCGAUAUGAACAAUGAUGGUCAAGUCGAUCUCAUUUUAGUACAGGAGCUAGAAGUUACUAUUUUAUUCGGGUAUGGUAAUGGAACGUUUCAAACACAGAAUAUGCAAUCCAUAGCCAUUGGUGGCGUUCCUCAACAUAUCGCUAUAGUUGAUCUCAACCAUGAUAACAUGUUGGACAUUAUUGUUAUAAUUGAAUUUGAAGACUAUGUGUAUAUAUACUUGGCGAAUGUUAAUGGAACAUUUCUAUUAGAUUCAGCAUUGUUUAUAACACAUAACAGCAACUCACAAGGAUUAAUUAUUGCUGAUUUUAACAAUGAUACUCAUUUAGAUAUUGCUAUAAUGAAUACAAAUAGUCUCCAUAUUCAUAUAUUUUAUGCCAAUACUAAUGGAAGUUAUCAGCCACAGAAAUGGCUUUUUACUGCCAUCGAUGCUGCUUACGCUGGUGUAGUAGCCAGUGACUUUGAUAGUGAUAAUCGAAUCGAUAUUGCUUUUCUUUAUAGUUGGAGACAUACAGUCUGUAUGCUAUACCAAAAUAAUAAUGAUAGUUUUCAUGUUAAUGAGCAAAUAAUCAUGGAAUCUUCCAUACAAUUGAACUCAGUAGUGGUAGGUGAUUUAAAUGGUGAUAAUUCUUUAGACAUCGUUAUUGGAACAAUUUCUCAAUAUGAAAUCUAUGGUUUACUUGGAAAUGGAAAUGGAGAUUUUCAAAUACAAACUAUUCAUUCGAAUAAUCUUUUUAGUUAUCAAAUAUGGAAUGAUGUCACUGAUUUCAAUAAUGAUAAUUGCCAAGAUAUAAUUAGUAUAAAUAUUGAUACUAAUUACAUAGAUAUUUUCUUAAAUACAUGUGAAUGUUCAACACAUUAG